AUGCCUGCUGCUGCUGCUCUCCCUCCCAUCCAAGAAGACCCUUCUGCCCCCGUUACCCCAGUUCCUUCAAGACCCGCUUCCCCCAGGAACCCUGCCUCCCCCAUGGAUAUUGCGCGUAGCCCAGGGGGGCGCUCCAACGCGUCUGAGAUGUCCCUGGACCCUCCUCCUUCUCCGCAGGGUGAGGCACAGCCUUCAGAGCUCUAUGAUGUCCCGGAUGGCACGCUCGCCACCUGGGGCUAUCAGAUCAAUCGCCGGCUUGAAGCCUUGGUCUGCAUUAGCUGCAAGUCGGUGGUCACCCCUACCGCUGCCAUCAACCAUCACCACGUGCACGAGGAAGCCCGCGUGGCUGUCAACCAGACCGUCCUGGAAGACAUUGUGCGCCAGGGCUUCGUCAAGCCUGGAUGGCCUUCUAUCAACCCUGGAGACCUGGAGUACGAGGGGCUGGAGCGCAAGUGGGGCGUGAAGUGCCCGCAGUGCCCUGCCAUGUAUGCCUAUGGUCAGGGGGUUGUUAAACAUGUGUGGAAGGUUCACCAUGAGAGGAUCGUCACUCAAGGCCUUCGCACUGACUGGAUGCAACGCCUCAGUCAACAUGACGCAACCCACCAUGGCUGGCUGUCCUGUGUCCCACGCUCUGUCCAGCUCACCUCUCCCUCUGCCAACUACCUUACUGCCCUGCGCAAGGAGCUCGACGCCCGCCCACCUAUCCCUGCCGCUGAACGGGACCACCGCCACAUCAGCCCCUGGCACGCCACUACGCGCUGGCUGGAGUACAUAGAUGGUAGAGACCCGCAGGAGAUGCUUAAUCUCAUCAAGCCUCCUGAAGAUGGCCAGCCCUUCUUCUACCUCAUCGCCUGCGUCCGCAACUACGUGGAGCGGGCGUAUGACUUGAUCGCCACCACCAGUGAUGUGUGCCUCCAAAUCCUGCACACGGACACGGACACGAGCGACUUCAACCAUCAGCCGUUUGCACGGCAUCAAGCGGAGGGUACAUUGCGUGCCUACGAGCGUCUCGUGGUGCAACUGCUGCUCUUCCUGCUGCGGGCUGGGCAAGACAUGGAUCUGCCGCCAGACGUGAAGGCCGCGCUUCAAGCUCUGCGCCGUGGCCUGCAAGGUGACAUGGAUGAUGCCGGUCAGGCCAUCCAUCAACUCCUGCUCACGCUGUGGAUGCGCGAGUGGACCCCCACAGUGGACAACCUCUUCCCGGACCCCACUGUCUGCUUCGUGAUCCACACGCAGGUGAACCAGGAUGGGAGUUUGAAGAAGCCAGAGAGCGUGACGGGCAUAUUCGCCAAGCUCGUGUAUGACAUGCGCUUGACCUUCCUGUAUGAGUGCCACCAGCGCCUCUCGCGGGAGGACCACCCUGCCACUCUCACGCAGUCUGCACAUGACUUGCGCCCAUGGUUCACCGUGGGGCGUGAGUCUACCUUCCACUCGCUCAAGUCCUUGCAGCACCGCGCGUCCAGCAUCACCAUGUCCACGCAAAACGAGCCCAACAUGGUGUGGAAGGACGGAACCAACUUCUCCACCCUCAUCUAUCUAGGUGAGGAGCUUUCCCUCCAGGCCCUACGCGAGUGCCAGGGCGCUUUGGAGGAUGCAACAAAGACGCUCCUCGAGGACAUCCUGCUCUUUGGCCACCACUUCCCCAUCGACAUCGCCGCGCUGCAGGACGACAUGGGCAACAAGAAGGCAGGCUACUCGCUCUUCGCAGACCGCCGCAACCAGGAUGUGCUGGGCCCAACAGACCAGCUUGCAGACUACAUCCUUCGCACCCCUGCGCUGCGGAAGCGCUUUGUGAUCAAGAUUGUGGACGGCAAGGUCAUCUGGAACACCGUGGAGCUGUCUAUCUGGCUGGCUGGGUUCACUCGCCUCAACCUUCUCUGUCUCAUCCAGGCUGAGAUGAACUGCGGUGCGCCUGGUCGUACUACGGAGCUCACUGCCAUGCCUACUGCCAACACUCCUGCCGGCAUGCUCCGCGCCCUGCGCAUCAUUGGGGAGUACAUCGUGCUCAUGCGGACGUACCACAAGAUGCGCGCUGCCUCUGGUCUGGACCGUGUCAUUCCCCACGCCCUGAACGCGGCACUCGCAGCCGUGUUCAUCUACAAGGAGGCAAUCUGCCGCCCCUUUGCGCAGCUCUGCGUGAGCGUGCUCUUCCCAGGCAACCAGAAGGUGAAGUCGCUCUAUCAGGACUUCUUGUUUGUCAACUAUGACAGGCCCUUCGAUGGGGAAGACAUCACCAAAGAGAUGAGGGUCUGGACGCAGGCCUAUCUGGGUAUUGAGCUUGGCAUCUCCAAGUGGCGCCAGUGCUCUACCCCCUUUCGCCGCAAGCAUGCUGGCCUGGAGGAGAUGUGGCUGGAGGACCAGGACACCGUGGACUCUGCACAGGCUGGGCACUCGCACAGCGUGGACACUACCCGCUAUGGUGUCACCAACUGGUCUGCAACUGGUCUGGCGGAAGACUACAUCGGGCCGUUCCUCAAGACUUCUGUGCUCUGGCAGAAGGUUCUUGGCCUGGUGCCAGGCGGGAACCGUCUCUCUCUGGAGGAUGCUGCAUGUGUCAACUUCAAGCCUGAGCCUGCCCGCCUCCCCAUUGCUGCUCCAGCUGGGUUGGAUGUACAGGCUGUGGUGCAGGCUGCCGUGCAGGCUGUCCGGGACGAGCUAGAGCCCAGACUCACUGCUAUUGAGCAGCGCAUUCAAGACACAUCUGCCUCAACCAAGCAAGAGUUGCAGGGGAUGUUUGCGGACCUCAAGACCUUCCUGGCUGGUGCCAGCGUUCCUGGACCCAUGGCUGGCCCCUCCGCUCAGGUACAAGCACCUGCACCUAGGCUUCCACGCUCCCCCAGCCCUGAAGACCGCACUGAAGGCAUGUACCGUGACGACCUGUUGCCUGCCCCAGCCCCUGCCCAUGUUGCUCCCAUUCCACGUGCCCAGGUCCCUGUUCCGCUGCCAAAGCCAGCGCCCAUUCCCACUGAGGCUGAGGCCUUGGAUGCACUGCGUGAAGUGCUGCUCAAGCCUGAAGCAAAGUGGUCGAAUGAAGGCCAGAAGCUUGCGGUCAUGGCUGGGCUGCAGUGGAAGCAGGACCUCAUCGUUGCGCUUCCUACUGGCUCAGGCAAGAGCGCUAUUGUGGCCACCGUUGCAAAGCUGGAGAAGCUCAAGGUCACCGCUGUUCUCUGCCCCCUGCGGUCCCUGCUCAGUGACUGGAAGCGCCGUCUCACUGAGCUCCAGUACCCCUUCGAGAUGUUCAACAAGGAUGAUUCUAUCAUCACUGGCGACUUUCCUAUCAUCCUAGUCUCCCUGGAUGCUACCGCAGGCCUCGCAUGGACACAGGCUGUUGCCUCGUUGAAGCCAGGUGUCGAGAUCAACCGCUACGUUGUGGACGAAGCACAUCUGGUGGUGACUGAAGCUGGGUACCGCUACAUCAUGGAACGGAUCAAGGAGGUGCGCACCAAGCCGCUCCAGCUGGUGCUUCUUUCAGCCACUGUUCCACCCAUCUCCAUCCCUGCAUUCCGCACUUCGUUCAACCUUGUGGCUGGAGAAGGCACCUCCAUCAUCCGUGCAAGCUCCAACCGGCCUGAGCUCCACUUCCUCCUGCCCAGAAGCCAUGCAACGCUGACCACAGAUGUGAGUUGA